CUAUAUAUUUAUUACUCUGUUCAACCUAAUCAGUCAGCAUUCUCCACGUUUAAUCAUUUGAAUCAGUCUCCCACACUUUAUACAGAGGCUUUGUACAGAUAAUAUACAUUUCUUUAAAACUAUAAUCAAGAAUUGUUUUGUAUUAGAAAGAUGCAUGAUAUUGUAUUUGUUCCAAUUGGUUAUCUGACCAAAACUGUUGCAUGGAAGAAAUGGUUGCACCAUGUAGUGAAAAAGUUGCGAAACUGGGAGUUGAAAGAAGGUGCUAUAGUCUGUAAGAAUGGCAAUGUGAUUGCUGCUUCUCCCCAAUUUCAUAUCAACAUGAAUGAAUUUAAGGAAAUAAUUUGCUGUUUUGUUUAUCAAGAUGUUGAGAUGGUUUCGCUAAUGGGAAUUACAUAUUGCAUAAAAAGUAUUUCUGAUUCUCAGCUAAUUGCAUUCAAUGGCAAACAUUAUUUGAUUGUCAGUCAAACAGAAUCAAUGUUUAUAUUCUUUAAAUGUACCACAAAAUUAAAAAGUAUUUUAGUAGCAGACUGGUUGAAGAAAACAGCACAGAAAAUUCAAGAAAGACAUUACUAGAUUGUUGUGGUCAGUACAUAAAAUAGUCCAUUCAAGAAUCUUAAAGUGUACUACAAGAUAUAAAAGUACUUUAUUAGCAGACUGGUUGAAGAAAAUGGCACAGAACAUUAAAAAAGACACUACUAGAUUGUUGUGGUCAAUAGAUGGUUUCUGUUUAAAACAACCGUUCAGGAAUUUUAAAGAGUUUCACAAGAGAUAAAAGUAUUUUAGUAGCAGACUGGUUGAAGAAAACAGCACAGAAAAUUCAAGAAAGACAUUACUAGAUUGUUGUGGUCAGUACAUAAAAUAGUCCAUUCAAGAAUCUUAAAGUGUACUACAAGAUAUAAAAGUACUUUAUUAGCAGACUGGUUGAAGAAAAUGGCACAGAACAUUAAAAAAGACACUACUAGAUUGUUGUGGUCAAUAGAUGGUUUCUGUUUAAAACAACCGUUCAGGAAUUUUAAAGAGUUUCACAAGAGAUAAAAGUAUUUUAGUAGCAGACUGGUUGAAGAAAGCAGCACAGAACAUUCAAGAAAAACACUGCUAUAUUGUUGUGGUAAAAAGAUGAUUUCUAUUUAAAAUGGUCCUUUCAACAAUCUUAAAGUAUACUGCAAGAUUUAAAAGUCUUUUGGUGACAAGUUGGUAAAGAAAACUGCUAAGACAUGAGAAUCUUCAGUAAUAAUGCUACAGAAUGGUUUUACUUCCAAGAACCUUUGAUUCUACUGCAAAAUGACAAAAAAAAAAUAUUUCGGUUAUAAUCAUGUGAAAAAGGAAUCAUUAGGAAAUAUACUACAAGAUGUGUAGUGAUGAAUUCUCUUGCACAAAGAUUCUCUCCAGAAUCUCCAAAUAGACCAUAAUAUUGACAAAAAACUUUUCAAGGAAAAUUGCCAUGAAACUUUAGAAAGUCAAGUCACUAUAAGACCUAUUAUAUUCAGCCUGUAUUUACCUUUUUAAAAAGAUUCUUUCUGAAAUAGUCAUGGUUUGACUGAAAAUGAGAAAAAUUUUCACCGAGUCUGACUGACUUGCAUUAAGUCCUGAAGUAUUUCAUCCAUAUCUGGUUCACUUUGGAAUAGUCAAGAGAUUAGACAUGAUCCCAGUGUAAGUACUUUCAUCAUGCUCCAAUAUCAUGGAAAUACUUGAAGAUAACAUUGUAAACUGAUGUAACACACACUGAUUUUACAGUGCUCCUGCUACCUUCUUGGUUGCUUCUUAAGAGCUGAGAAAUAUAAGCUUUUAAUCUGUGUGUUUUGUUGGGUGGGGGGCAUUAUUGUACACUACCCUUCAUAUGAAACCUAUUAUCAGAAUCAGUCAUGAUCCAACAUCAAAGUUGGCUGCAAUGAUUGAUGAUUUAGUGGGUGGGAGAUUUUGGUCAGAAGUUCCUGAUUCCUGUCUGCAAGAUCACAGGAAGGAUACAAUUUAGUACUGUAAGGUAAGAAAGACCUCAUUAAUUUUACAGUGCUCUCAUUGUUUACAACUGUGUGUUUUCAGAUGUAUUCAAUAGAAAUGUUUACAGCUGAAUAUUCACUGAGGUUAGCAUUGAAUCUGUCACUGAGAGUUCAAAUCCACAUUAAGUUCAUAUUACUCUACAACUCUCUCCUGUGUUGAUAAACAUACUAUGUAACAGAAAUAUAUUACUUAUGGACAAAUUGAAUGUUGCAAUCUAAAUAGUUUGGAAUCUGACCUCUGAAAUUUCAAAUCCCAAUGUUGUUAAAAUACAUGCACCAGUAAUACACUAGGGGUAGACCCAGGUAACAGUAUGAUGGUGAGGCCAGGCCAUAUAUAUACAUAUCUACUGUAGUUGAAUAUCAACCAUUUAUUAUGUAUCAGUGAUAUUCUGGGGAUACAUCCAGAUAAAUGUAUUCCCCUCUAUACACCAGUAAUAUACUGGGGUUGACUUAAGUAUCUAUACUUCCAUUCAUGUUACAGUUUGAUGGAGAUUCCAGGCCAUAGAUAUACUGUACAUCAUUGUAGUCAUUAUUUACAUUGAAUUGUAUGGUAGGGGUUAAAACUCCAUUAUCAUCAUUAUGGUUACUAUUAUUGUUGUUGUUGUCGUCAUCAUCCUCAUCUUCCUCCUCAUCAUUACUACCACUACCGCUGGCACCAUAACCAUCAUCCUCGUCAUCAUCCUUAUUACCGCCCCCCUCAUCAUCACUAUCAUCAUCAUCUUCAUUGUCAUCAUCAUCACCGUCGUCGUUGUCAUCAUCAUCAUCGUCAUCAUCCUCAUCACCAUCAUCUUGUCAAUGUCUCCUCCACCACCUUUUCCUCAUCAGUCUUUUCAGUCUCUGAGACACUACAAAAAAAAAAAGUCAUGAAUGGUUUCCUCUUCAUUCUUUGACAAGAUUUUUUUUUAAAUGUGGAAAUAUUCAAACAUGUUCACUCUAUUAUUUACAAUAAAACCUUGAAUGAUUUUUGUUGUUUCAGUAAUAGUUCAAGGGUUUUGAAGCUCAUCUAUGUCUACGCUGUGAUAAAUAAAAUAUUAUUUUAUAUCAAAA